GCGGUGGCAGCGGCAGUGCGCCUUCCGAGGUGACGAGGCCGCCAUGUCGGCCCCGGCCGGCUUGGACUUCGCCGCGGUGGAAAGUUUCUUGGACAGGCACCCGGAGCUGGUGGAGAAGUGGCUGAAGAGGAGGAGCUCCCUCCUCGCCAAAGCGGCUCCCGGAGGUGCCGACGGCGAGGCGGAGGAGCGGCCGAGCCACAGCAGCAACGGCACCCCGGCGGCGCUCGGAAGCACCGGCUCCUCUUUGGGAAAGGGCGGCGGCGGCCCCAUGGCCCCUCCAGAGGCGGCGGCCGGCGGCCUGCAGCGCCGGGCGUCGCAGAAGGAGCUGCGGCGCAGUUUCGCGCGCUCCAAGGCCAUCCACGUGAACCUGACCUACGACGAGCACGUCCACGCGCGGGCGCAGGAGCCGCUGAGCAGCGCGCGGAGAAGGGCCCUGCUGAGGAAAGCCAGCUCGCUGCCGCCCACGACGGCGCACAUCCUGAGCGCGUUGCUGGAGUCUCGGGUGAACCUCCCGCAAUACCCGCCCACCGCCCUGGACUACAAGCGCCACCUCAAGGAGCACAACGAGCGCCAGUUCUUCCUGGAGCUCGUCAAGGACAUCUCCAACGACCUGGACUUGGGUGCUCUCAGUUACAAGAUCCUCAUCUUCGUGUGCCUCAUGGUGGACGCCGACCGGGGCUCCCUCUUCCUGGUCGAAGGUGGCGCUGCCGCCGGCAAGAAGAGCCUCGUCUCCAAGGUCUUCGACGUGCACGCCGGCACCCCGCUGCUGCCUUGCUACAGCACCGAGAACUCCAACGAGGUGCAGGUGCCCUGGGGCAAAGGGAUCAUCGGCUACGUGGCCGAGCACGGAGAGACAGUCAACAUCCCCGACGCCUACCAGGAUCGCCGCUUUAACGACGAGAUUGACAAACUGACUGGAUACAAGACCAAGUCAUUGCUUUGCAUGCCCAUAAGAAACAGUGAAGGUGAAAUUCUUGGCGUUGCCCAAGCGAUAAAUAAAACACCUGGAGGUGCUCCUUUCACCGAUGAUGAUGAAAAAGUAAUGGAGAUGUAUCUUCCAUUUUGUGGGAUUGCCAUAUCUAACGCUCAGCUGUUUGCUGCUUCCAGGAAGGAGUAUGAUAGAAGCAGAGCCUUGCUGGAGGUGGUAAAUGAUCUAUUUGAAGAACAGACAGACCUAGAGAAAAUCGUGAAGAAAAUUAUGCACCGAGCCCAAACUCUACUAAAGUGUGACCGCUGCUCGGUAUUGCUGCUCGAAGACAUUGAGUCUCCAGUAGUGAAAUUCACCAAAUCCUUCGAGUUGAUGUCUCCAAAAUGCAGUGCAGAUGCAGAGAAUAGCUUCAAAGACAGUUUGGAGAAACCGUCUUCAUCUUAUUCAGACUGGCUAGUAAAUAAUAGUAUUGCUGAACUCGUAGCUUCCACGGGCCUCCCAGUGAACAUCAGUGAUGCCUAUCAAGAUCCUCGCUUUGAUGCAGAAGCUGACCAGAUUUCUGGCUUUCAUAUAAGAUCUGUUCUCUGUGUCCCUAUAUGGAAUAGCAGUCACCAAAUAAUUGGAGUAGCUCAAGUGCUGAAUAGACUUGAUGGGAAACCGUUCGAUGAUGCCGACCAGCGACUCUUUGAGGCGUUUGUCAUAUUUUGUGGCUUGGGCAUCAACAAUACAAUAAUGUAUGACCAAGUGAAUAAAUCCUGGGCAAAACAAUCUGUGGCUCUUGAUGUGCUGUCUUACCAUGCAACAUGUUCAAAGGCAGAAGUGGACAAAUUUAAGGCAGCAAACAUUCCACUUGUGUCAGAGCUUGGCAUAGACAACAUCCAUUUUGACGACUUCUCCCUCGACACAGACGCCAUGAUAACUGCAGCCCUCCGGAUGUUCAUGGAGCUUGGAAUGGUUCAGAAAUUUAAAAUUGACUAUGAGACGUUGUGUAGGUGGCUUUUGACAGUGAGGAAAAAUUACCGAAUGGUCCUGUACCACAACUGGAGGCACGCUUUCAAUGUGUGCCAGCUCAUGUUUGCCAUGUUAACUACAGCAGGAUUUCAGGAGAUUCUGACAGAAAUUGAAAUUUUAGCGUUGAUUGUGGGAUGUUUGUGCCAUGACCUUGACCACAGAGGAACCAACAAUGCCUUUCAAGCAAAGAUUGGAUCUGCCUUGGCUCAACUCUACGGGACUUCUGCUACUCUGGAGCACCAUCAUUUUAACCACGCUGUCAUGAUUCUUCAGAGUGAGGGUCACAACAUCUUUGCUAACUUGUCCUCCAAGGAUUACAGUGACCUUAUGCAGCUUCUGAAGAAGUCAAUAUUGGCAACAGACCUCACUCUCUAUUUUGAGAGGAGGACUGAGUUUUUUGAACUUGUCAACAAAGGUGACUACAACUGGAAUGUUAAGAGCCAGCGGGAGAUAUUUCGAUCAAUGCUAAUGACAGCCUGUGACCUUGGAGCUGCGACCAAACCGUGGGAGAUUUCAAGACAGGUUGCCGAACUGGUAACAAGUGAGUUCUUUGAACAAGGAGACAGAGAGAGAUCUGAGCUCAAACUCACUCCUUCUGCUAUUUUUGAUCGGAACAGGAAAGAUGAACUGCCUCGAUUGCAGCUGGAGUGGAUUGAUAGCAUCUGCACGCCUCUCUAUCAGGCUUUGGUGAAAGUGAACGGGAAACUGAAGCCUAUGAUGGAUUCGGUGGUGGCCAAUAGAAAUAGGUGGGAGGAGCUGCACCAAAAAAGACUGCAUUCCCAAGCAACCAGCAGCACCACCACAUCCUCCUCGUCCUCUUCUUCCACCUUUGCCAUGUCCCGGGGGGUCAAAAAUUAAGUCUGCACAUGUUUUCCUGCUGCUAGGAUAGGAAGUGUCUGAAAGCCUUGUUUAAAGCUUAGUUGCAUCAUUUUAAAACAAACAAAACAAAUGCUUUGUCACGAACAUGCUUAAUUCAAAUGAAAACAACCCGGCUGGUUUAGGCCUUUUUUUUCUCCUGGAAUUUCACUUGGUCUGAAGGGAGGAUCUGCAAUUCUGUUGGUAUCUGCAGUGACAUGAGCAGCUUGGUGCAGCCUGUAUUCGGUCAGCUUAUUUCAAGCUGCUGUUUUGAAAGCUGAUAAACAGGGUCAUAAAGGACUGGCGUAAAUGAAGCUUACAGC